AUGUACGUGAAAAAAGAUCUCACAAAUAAAUACCAUAAAGAAGCAAACUAUUCAAAUACAAAUACUGAAGAAUUAAAUAAUAUAGAUAUUGGUGAAUUAGAUGAAACAUCUCAUAAUAAAUUGAAAAUAGUUGAUAGAAAAAAUUUUGAAGUUGAGCUAAAAAGAAUUAAUUCAAAUAUAAUUGAGUCUGAAAUUAAAGAUACAAUAGAAAGAUAUAGAGCUUUAUCUAUAAAAUAUCUAGAUAAAAAAUUUGUAAAAUUUAACAUAAUACAAGCAGAUUCAAAUAUCAAUAAGCUAAUUUCAUUUUCUACAAUGAUCCUAUUCCAAACUAUAUUACCAAUUCUACAUAAAGAAACACUGCCAAAUAUUGAAGAGAUUGCUACACCAAAACUAUUUACAUCAAAAGCUUAA